AUCCAGGGAGGCAACAAACCACAGAAAUCAGCAGCUUGUGAUCAGUUGAGUGGAACCUCUUACCUUUGAGCCACAUUGGUUUCUCCUCCCCUUCAUUUGUUUACAUUUCAUUUAGUGACUUUUUCUAAGCUACAAAAUAGUAUGGAUCCUGUCUUGUUCAAAGCUGCAGAAGCAGGCAAUAUCGGUCCCUUUGAGAAUUAUCAAACCUGCAGCCUCAAUCAGUUAUUGACUCCAGACGAGAACACCAUUCUUCAUGUCUACUUGAAAAACCAAAGCAGUGAACCGGAAUCCACUGAUUUUGUUGAUAAAUUUCUUGAAAGGUGUCCACCACUGUUAUUCCAAGCCAAUAAGAGAGGAGAAACCCCCCUCCAUUUGGAAGCAAGAUAUGGCCAUUCCAAUGUGGUAAAAGUCCUCAUUGACCGUGCAAAAGCUCUACCUGCAGAUCCGGAGAGCGGAGUAACUAAAGCUAAAAUGAUGUUGAGGAUGACCAAUGGAGAGCGAGAUACAGCGUUGCACGAGGCAGCUCGAAAUAGCCGGAGCCAUGUGGUGGAAAUAUUGACUAAAGAGGACCCUGAGUUUUCAUAUCCCGCCAAUGUUCAUGGAGAAACUCCACUUUAUAUUGCUGUUUCCAGUUUGGGUCAAGAACGAGAAAAGGUGAUCGAUGAAAUCCUUACUAAUUGCAUCUCAGUGGACUAUGGCGGCCCUAAUGGUAGAACUGCUCUACACGCGGCUAGCGAGGUGGGAGAUCAUGAGACAGCAAGAAAAUUGUUAGAAAAAGAAAAAAAGUUGACGAAAACAACCGAUGAGAACGGCUGGUCACCACUUCACUACGCUGCCUAUUAUUUAUGGUCUACUCGUAUGGUGGAAGUAUUACUAGAAUGUGAUGCGUCCGCGGCCUACAUUGCUGAAACAGAGAAGAAGAGAACAGCACUUCACAUUGCGGCCAUUCGAGGACUUGCAGACGUAAUGAAAGAGAUUGUUUCUCGAUGUCCAGCUUGUUGUGAGCUAGUUGAUAACAGAGGUUGGAAUGCCCUUCACUAUGCUGUGGCAAGUAAAGAUAGAAAAGUAUUCGAGGAAUGUCUGAGGAUUCCUGAACUUGCAAGACUUCAAACCGAGAAGGAUGACAAAGGAAACACGCCCUUCCAUCUAAUUGCUGCUUUAUCGCUGAAUUGGGGAAGUUUUUUAUUUAACGAUAGUUGUGGUUAUAGUAAAUGGCAGACAUAUGGUCUUAAUAAGCGAAAGCUAAGCAUCAACGACAUUUAUCUUGGAGAAUUUGCAGAGAUAGAGAAAGAGAUCCUAGAAUCCCUUGACGAUGUUGGCAGUGGACCGCUUGGCCGCUGGACUAUGGCUUUUAAAGGAGGGAAUGUUGGGAGAAACAAAGAGGGAGAGGAAGCUUUGAGUAAAGCAAGAGAGUCUCAUCUAGUAGUUGCGGCGCUGAUAGCAACGGUAACAUUUGCAGCAGCAUUCACUCUACCUGGCGGUUACAAGAGCGACCGAGGCACUGCAAUUCUAGCUAAAAAAGCUGCUUUUAUAGUAUUUGUCAUCUCAGAUGCAAUGUCAAUGGUGCUCUCUAUUUCUGCUGUCUUUAUCCACUUUUUGAUUUCGCUGAUUAAAGGUUUUGAAUUGUUCAAGGAUGAAGAGUUAGAUGAGAAAGUUGCUGCAAAAUUAUUUGUGGUUGCCACGUUGUUUACCAUGAUUGGCAUGGGUACAAUGAUUAUCGCAUUCAUCACAGGCAUAUACGCCGUUCUAGAACCUUCCUUGGGGCUUGCUAUCAGCACUUGUAUCAUUGGCCUGAGCUUCUUUUACAUUGUGUAUUUAGUAUUUAGGAUCAUUUUGAAGGAUGUAGAAGAUUAGUUUUACUAGUGAAACAAUCUAUUCUAAAUUUUUUAUCAAAUAAAACCCGAUCUGGUGUAUUAUUAUAAAUUUUUAUUGUCAUAUGUUCAGAAAUCAUGUGAUUGGUUGCAAAAAUCAGUUGUUAAUUUUUUUAUUUAUUUUGUAAUUGAUGCUCAUUACAAGUCAAAUGGUCAAAAACUUUAUACUAUUUUUAUUUAUUUAUUUAUUUUCUCUUUCCUA